CUUGAGACGGUCGGCAGCACGCCGAUGGUGAAGCUGGACCGCUGCGUUCCGGCCGCGUCCAAGCAGGCGACGAUUCUCUGCAAGCUGGAGAUGCAGAACCCCGGCGGCUCCCUCAAGGACCGGAUCGCUCUCAACAUGAUCGAGGAGGCGGAGGCGCGUGGGGAUAUCACGCCGUGCGCUGCCCUUGUG